AUUUAGGCACUCUGGAUCAAUAAUUCCUUGAAUAAAAUUAUCCAAGCUAGUUCUUUCACUAUACUGAAAUGAAAAUUUCUUGGAAGUGUUUGAUAUGUGCUACCAUGCUACUUGAGCUUGCAUCAGGAAUUAUGGCACUAGUGGCAUCCGGUGUACAACAUGAUAAGGUGAAGAAUGUGAAGAACGUGUCUGAUUGCCAGGAAGGAAUGGACCAUGUGGUUUUUGCUCUUAGUGUCUUUACGAUAUUAUUCAAUGUUUUUGCUUUCGCUUUAUGCGUUUUAGCUGCGCGCCAGAUUGAAGGAGAAUGGAUUCAAUGGAGGAGUAAGACUAUUACAAUUGGUUUCAAAUGCUUGUUGUGGGUCUCAACAAUAUUUUUGGUGGGGAUUGGACAAAGCUUGAAAAGCAGUUCUACAAACUCGUGUGAGGUGGCCAGACCACAGUCUCUUAUACUGGGAGGAUACUUCUGCUUUUUUUCCUUGGCCUUUACCGCUUGGAGUGCCUUGGACACUUGUUGUCAUCAUGAUUUGAAGUAAAACAAGUACGUAGCUUGCUGCGGCGAUUGACUUGCUGAGCAUGCAUGCAUGUAACGUCUUCAUGGGUGCCUCCAAUACAUUUUGUAUUCCUUUACUUUGAGCUUUAAUUUACCCUGGAGCAUAUCUACAAAGCCAGUAAUUCUAUCUUGUUAAGGUUUAAUUUAAGGUUUCAUAUAAAAGGACUAGCAAUGAUGUAUUUUAUAAUGGUCGUCUAGUUACGGCGUAGUUCUAUAUAUGCUUUACUGAUAUGUCGUCAUAAAACUCUAGAUCAACACAUAUAUCCGUUGUAAUAAUAUACGAUAGUAUAAUACAAUUACCA